UCAGUGUGUACGUUAAUGAGCAGUGGUUGUAUAACAGUAAUUGGAAUAUCAUCACGAGAUAUGUUACCUAUCAUCAGUUCACAUGUUCAUAAUAACGGCAUCCCUUUCAUCUCCAUCAAUAAUCCUGCUAAUCCCUUUGAUGGUGCCGACUCGCAAUAUGAGUUUUACAUCAAGCCAUCGACAUCCAGGGCAGUGUGUGACAUGAUUGAUUAUUUUGAAUGGGAAAAAAUUUAUUAUUUUUACGACAACGAUGAAGCAUUAAGUAGAAUGGAGGCCACAACAGACUACCUUCAUCAGAUUUAUAUUCCACCGGAAGUAGAUAUCCGCCAUGUUUUUAACGUGUACGAAACGUAUGAAACCAUUAAAAAUCUCCAUAUGGUAGAUCGGGGUAUGAUUAUACGAAUUGUGCUGGAUCUUAUCCCCCAAAAUGCAGAAAUUUUCUUAAAUAAAUUGAUGAAUGACAAAAAAGUUUUAAAAAUGAGAUUCCACAUUUUGUUACCUCAUGUCAAUAUGAAGGAGUUAAAUUUAACAGUUUUAAAUAUAGGAGGAGUAAAUGUUACUGGGUUUGAAUUACAGAGAGAAGGUCACUAUUUUAAUUCUUCCUUGAAUUUAUCUCAAGUAAGUUGGUUUCACUCCUACUCUUUUGAAAAUGCAUUAGCCAUGGAUUCUGUAGAAUUGUUCACAAAAUCUAUAGAGAAAUUACAAAAGAUACACGGAAGUUUAAGUUUAUUUCGUAAUUUGAGUGGUUGGAGUGACAGUUUGACGACAGAUGAGAUUAGUUGUAUUGAUGAUGGUACUAGGUUAUGGUUGUACAGGCGAACCCUGGCUGAAACCAUGUCAAAGAUGGAUUUAAGAAAUGGCCACACGGGAAGAAUAGUGUUUAAUAAAGCAGGUCAAAGGACAAAUUUCACAUUAGAUGUUAAACAAGUAACCAUGUACCGUGGUAUCCAUGCGGUGCGAUUUUAUUGCUACAGACCACAGGGACCAGAGCCAAUCUUAGAUAAAGCUAAUAGAAAAAUUGAUAACAGAACUCGUAUUGUGGUUUCAAUAGAGGAGGCGCCAUAUAUAGAAUAUAGGGAAUAUCCUAGUUAUGGAAGACCUAUAGUAGGAUCAGAUAGAUUUACUGGUUAUUGUGCUGAAUUAGGUGAACGGGUUUCCAGAAUAGUCAACUAUGACUACCAUAUAAGAUAUGUAAAAGACAAUACAUACGGGAAAAUAAAAGAAGACGGGUCGUGGACGGGUAUUAUUGGAGAAUUAAUAAGACACGAAGCCGAUUUAGCCAUAGCUCCAUUAACCAUCACCUCAAAACGAGAACAAGUUUUAGACUUUACUAAACCUUAUAUGAGUUUAGGAAUCAGCAUCAUGAUUAAAAAACCCGAGGAUGUGUCACCUCACGUGUUUUCCUUCAUGGAACCCUUAUCUUCAGAGAUAUGGUUGUGUACCGCCUUUGCCUUUAUUGGCGUGAGUGUUGUGUUAUUUCUAGUCAGUAGAUUUAGUGCUAUAGAAUGGCAAGUGGAAGGCACUGAUAAAAAAAUUCACAAUGACUUCACCAUAGGAAACUCUAUGUGGUUUUCUCUAGGAGCCUUUAUGCAACAAGGAUGUGAUGUUUUACCGAAAUCUGUAUCGGGAAGAAUGGUGACAAGUGUCUGGUGGUUCUUUACCUUGAUAAUCAUCUCCUCUUACACCGCUAAUCUGGCAGCUCAUUUAACCUUCAUGAGACUAAGUACGCCCAUCAAAUCAGCUGAAGAUCUAGCUAAGCAGACAGAAAUCAAAUAUGGUACUCUAUCCUCGGGAUCAACUAUGGAUUUCUUUAAUGGUUCAAAGGUCAACCUUUUUCAACGAAUGUGGUCGUAUAUGACGUCACAACCGUCUGUGUUUUACGCUCGAACUGAAGACGGUAUACAGCGGGUUCGAAAUUCCAGUGGAAAAUAUGCAUUUUUAAUAGAAUCAACCACCAGUGAAUAUUAUAAUAACAGAGCUCCCUGUGAUACUAUGAAAGUUGGAAGUAACUUGGAUUCUAAGGGUUAUGGUAUAGCUACUCCUAUGGGGUCGGACAUAAGAGAUAUGUUAACCCUAGCCAUUUUAAACCUGAGAGAACAUGGUGUUUUAGAAGAAAUGAGAAAACACUGGUGGCUCAGUAAAGGAGAAUGCCCCGUAGAGAAAAAACUGAAAGACAGUGCUGAAAACUCAUUGACAUUAGUUAAAGUGGCUGGUAUUUUCUAUAUUUUAAUAGUAGGUUUAGCACUUUCUGUUGUCGCAGCGGUGCUCGAAUUUUUGUAUAAAACUAAAAUAGAUUCUAGAAAACAAAAUGUUUCAUUUAAGUCUGAGGCUCGUUCUAAAUUUAGAUUAUCAAUAUCAGGGCACUCAGAUGACGAUUCGACUGGAGUAAGAACACCAUUAAGAACUGCUACUACCUUUUCGUACACAGGAUAUGAUACAGGCAGUAGAAACAGGCGAGCUGGUAAAACUCACACUAUUGUCUGAC